AUGAAAAAGUUUAUAAAGUCUAAAAUAGAUUAUAAUGCAAGAACUAGCCGAGGUUCACCAACUAUUUUAGCAGAGUCACCUCCAAACGUUGGUAAAGAAAAAGCAAUGCCAGAUAUGCAACCGCCUUUGCCUUUAGACCCGCCACCACCUAACGAGAUUCCAAGUUUAACUUUAGAACCUAAACAGGAAAUUGAGGAUAUUGAAUACCCAAUCCCUGGUAAGGAAUCUUCUGAAAGUUUAAACCAUGAGGGAGUAAGUGCUGGAUUAAAUGGUUAUGAAGAAAAUGACGGUAACAAACUCAAACCAAUGUGCAGAGAUUUUGUUAGAGGAAGGUGUACAAGACCAGGAACCUGCAAAUUCAGUCACAAGUGUGAUGUACUACAGCUGGCUGGUGUCUAUACAUUCUGCAGAAACUUCCAAAAUCGUGUAUGCAUUCGCCCAAAUUGUAAAUUUGUGCAUGCUACAGUUUUUGAGGAACAACAUUGGUAUAGAACAGGAGAACUGCCGCCUCAUGUUCUAGGCAAACACAAAAUGGUGAAUAUUUUACCACCGCCGCCGCCGCCGCCGCCUACACAAGUGAAUUAUGCGGCGCCCGUUCCGGAGGCCUGGGGACACAAGCCAAAAAAAAGCAAGGUUUUUUCUGCAGUAGGCCGUGCUGCGCCCGUUCCGAAGGCCUGGGGACACGAGACAAUAAAACCUAAAAAUUGUGAAGAAACGGAGUUCAGAUUGAAAUAUAAUCUGGAAAGACUUGACUAUAUCAAAUAUUCGAAUUUUGAACUUUCUAAAAAGAUUCUUGAAGUGGACGAAAAGAUCGCAAAAGUCUUGAUUAUUAUAAUCGCAAUAUUAGAAGCAAAGGACCUGAUGUAA